AUGGAGUCCAAACCUGACGGUGGACCAGCAGUGUCCAAUAGUCCCUCUGGCUCGUUGACCAGCCAAGAACUGGCUGCUAUUGAGGAUGAAGAGGUUCUCAACAAGAUGCUCGACAAUACAGAAGAUUUUGAACAGAGACGAAAGAUUCGCGCUGCAUUAAGGGACCUGCUCAAGAAAAAGAGAGAUAAACGGGAGCAGGAGCGAGGGUCCAGGCAGCAGGACUUGAGACAGCAGGGUCUGAGCAAAGGAGGAACAGCAGGAGGAUUUGUUAGCGUGGGAAGAGCAUCGAUGAACCAGCAGCCACCAACAAACAAGGCGUCAGGCCAGCCAUCUCCAUCGGCCUCUACUCCCUUCAACAGGACAGCAGGCAGCAAGGCCAGCCCUGCUGCAGACACAACCCCAACCUCUCCUUCCUCUGCAGCACCCAAUGUUAAAAAUGUCAAACAAAUGCUUCUGGAUUGGUGCAGGGCCAAAACGGAGCCAUAUGAGGGUGUACACAUCCAGAAUUUCUCCUCCAGUUGGGGUGAUGGCAUAGCCUUCUGCGCCUUGGUGCACCGCUUCUUUCCUGAUGCGUUCGAGUACUCCAUCCUCAACCCUUAUGCGCCCAGGGAAAACUUCCAGCUGGCUUUCGACACUGCAGAGAGACUGGCAGGCUGCCCCCCUCUGCUGGACGCUGAUGAUUUAGUCCGGAUGAAAGAGCCCGACUGGAAGUGUGUGUACACAUACAUCCAGGAGUUCUACCGCUGCCUGGUGGAGAAAGGCCUGGUCAAAACCAAGAAGCGAACAUAG